AUGGCGGAGGCAGAUGACGUAGAAGAGGUAUCGAGUUUAAUGAACGCGACACUGGAACGAGUUGCAACAACAAUAUCAGUACUUGGACUUGAGUUGGCGGUGGAAAAGACGGAAGCUGUCUAUUUCCGCAGGAAGUACAAAGACCAUGUGCCGCAGAUACAUCUUAUGGGUUGUGCUGUUCCGAUCAGUGACAGCAUGAAUUAUCUAGGUAUACUCCUUGAUAAGGACCUUAUGUUUAAGCAACAUGUAAAGGAGGUAUCGGCUAAAGCAAUGAGAGUGGCGAACGGACUCAGUAGGUUGAUGCCAAAUAUUGGUGGCCCACAAGAGGCUAGACGCCGAUUGCUAAAUUCAGUGGUACACUCCGUCCUGCUAUAUGGCGCUCCGGUGUGGGCGAGUGUGCUUCAGUAUGUUAAGGCGAGUGUUGAUACAUUAAGGAGUGUCCAGAGACGCGUUCUACUAAGAAACAUCAGGGCAUACAGAACAGUGAGCCACACCGCGACGAACGUUUUGGCGUCGAUACCUCCUGUAGAGCUAUUGGCAGUGGAGCGUGCCAGAGCGUACUCGUACAGAGGUAUCCGCGGGACAGAGGUAAUGGAUUGGAGGCAGCAGUUGAGGAAGAGGACGAUGAGAGAGUGGCAAUCGGAGUUGAGUGCUGCAACGUCGGGAGAAUGGACCAGGCGAUUCCUACUAGAAGUAGAGGGCUGGGCAACGAGAAAGCAUGGAUCUCUCAGUUUCCACCUUACACAAAUGCUAUCGGGUCACGGCUGUUUCUCUGAUUCUUAG